AGCUUCGACCCUCUGACAAGCCCUUUGGACUUCGAGCAAUGGGUACGGAAGUUCAAGGUGUGUGCAACUGCUAACAAGUGGGAAGACGACGACCAGUUGAAGCACCUACCACCACUAUUCCGAGGUGGUGUAUGGAUUGCUUAUGAUGAGCUCAAGCCAAAUGAGUAA